AUGGCUGAAUCUAGAAACAAGUUCAAUGGAAAUGUUGGAGUAAUCUUAGCCAUUCAGGAUAUGGCUUUAGUAAUUAGAGAAAAUAGUAACCAAGAUCGCCGUCAUGAAAUUGAAGAAGAUCGAGUUAUGAGGACACAAGGAGAAUUUCAUAAGACGAAACCAACGAUAUUUAAAGGUGAACCAAAUCCUAGGGUAGCUAAAGAAUGGUUGAGGCAAAUUAAGAGAAAGAUGGAUAAUCAAAGAAUUCCGGAAGACAUUAGAGUUGUUAUUGCUUGUACCUAUCUAGAAGGACAAGCAUACCUUUGGUGGGAGUCGAUUAUGAGAGGACAAUCUUCUCAAAUUAGACCAAUGGUCCCUGUAGUUGCAAAGAAAUCUGGACAAUUCACGCAAGGAAGAGUAUACGUUGUGGGAAAUGUGAAAGAUCAAACUGAGCCUAAAACAAUAGAAGAAUGGAUUGGCUUACAUAUUACCAAGUUACAAUUGACUGCGGUAAGAGGAGAAUUAUCAUCAAUACUCAUAAGGAAGAAACCUAAAUUCUUUGUGAAAAAGGAAAUCCUGAAAUGUGGUGUUGGAGAUUAUAAAUAUUUGAGUUGGAUAGCUAGAAUCGAAACUGAAGAAGUAGAAAAAUCUCCAAUACAACUUAUUCCUGUAGUAAAGGAAUUUAGCAAUGUUUUUCCAGAAGAUUUGCAUGGUUUACCUCCAGAGCGUGAAGUAGAGUUUGCUAUAGAAAUAUACCUGGAUACAACACCUAUUUCUAUACCUCCUUAUCGUAUGGCCCCAGCUGAACUGAAAGAACUUAAGAUGCAACUCCAAGAAUUACAAGCAAAAGGAUAUAUCCAUCCUAGUACUUCACCAUGGGGUGCACCUGCUCUCUUUGUAGAACAUGAGGAACAUUUGCGAAUCGUUUUACAAACAUUAAGAGAAAAUCAACUCGGCGGUGGUGGCAGUGGCAGUAGCGAUGGUGGUCGUGAUGGUGAGGGUGUGGUCGGUGGUUAUGGUGGUGGAGGUAGUGGCACUAUGGGUGGGGUCGAUGGUGGUGAUAGUGACAGUGGUGUUGGUAGUAGAGGUGGCGAUGGUGGUGGUGGUGGAGGUAAUGGUGGCGGCGGCAAUAGCCAUGACAAGAUGGUGGUAGUCAAGGUGGUGAAAUCAUAUCUUGAGAAUAAAAACAAUAUAUCUAUCAAAAUCUCUGGGGAAGCAAAGAUUUGUCAUGGUCUAAAAUUAGUCUAG